UCUGCAGCCAGCGAGAGAGCGAGAGGGAUGGAUAUUGGAGGAGGAAUUCGGGCUUAACAAGUGAUCGCUGCUGUCUAGGAUUUUGUUGUUGUUUUUUUUCUUCUGGGGAACCUUGACUUCUUUUCCCCGUCGAGCCCUUCUGUGCUGAACUCCAGAGAAAGCAGGAGUCUUGGGGUCUUCCCUGGGGCAGCCCUUUUCCUCACCCCCCGGCUCCAGCAGCGAGAACUCCGUGCCCCCCCAUCCCCCGCCCCCGACCAGGCAGCAGAACUUGUUCCGUGGAUAUUUGGGAGCUCCCACCUGCCACACCGGAGCGAUUCCUUCCACCCCCAAGAUCCUUCUUCCCCUCCUCCAGCUGUUGCAGCUUGAGGGGGGAAAACAAGCCAACCGGGGAUUUUCUUUAUUUUUAUUUUGCACCCCGCCUGGGAAUGGUGAAGUGGCUUCUUCUGCAUGAUUUUAGCUGAAGGAUGCUCUGCAUUUCCUUGAUUUCUAUGGAGACCUCAGAGCUGGGCUUGCCCCCCACUGACACCUCAUCUUGCAUCUACUCUACCUCCCAAGGUCUUUGCCUCUACAGCUAGCUCAACAUUGCCCCUAGGUCCAGGAAGCCUGUGAUGAACUUCAGGGGAGAGCCGGGAGAGUCAUCCUGCUAGGCUUUGAGUGGCAAUGCCUGGACAUACUUCAAGUCACAUGUUAACAUGGGUCAGGCUGUCACUAGAAGGCAAGUGCUAAGACUUAAAGACUUAUUUGCAUUUUAUUUAAAUUUCAUGGACUGAGCUUUGGACAAUUUCCAUGGCAGAAAAAAUAUAUUCCAUUCUCUAGGCACAACUGCCGGCGGUCGGCUACUUGCUGUCUUUGAAGCUUGCAGCAUCAAGACCAAUGACAUCCUAGUUGUAUUUCCAGAUUUGAACAUCCACCCCAAAACAGGUGUUUUGGAGACCCCGACAUUUUCUGACUUUUACUUGAAAGUGCCAGGCCGUCUCUCCAGAGGAGCCACGCUCUGGAGAGCAACGUUGAAUCCCCUAGAAGAGAGAGCAUGGGGCGUGCUGAUUUAAAAACAGAAAAUGCAAAGUUGGACUGAAAAUAUCCUUCGUCUUCCAAGCAAUCUGCUUAAGGGUUCCAAACUUACCUUAAUUUGGUGAGAAAAGAAUCUGCCCUAUUUUUCUUUCUUCUUCUCCAACUGGAACCAGCCAUUUCCCCAAGCGGCCACCAUGGAGGUGGCGAUGGUGAGUGCUGAGAGCUCAGGGUGCAACAGUCACAUGCCUUAUGGUUACGCGGCUCAGGCCCGAGCGCGGGAGCGCGAAAGGCUGGCUCACUCCAGGGCGGCUGCGGCUGCGGCGGUGGCCGCGGCCACCGCUGCGGUGGAAGGCGGCGGGGGGUCUGGAGGGGGUGCCCACCACCACCACCCAUCGCGCGGGGCCUGCACCUCCCACGAGCCCCAGAGCGGCCGGGGAAGUCGGAGGAGGCGGCGACCGCGCCCGGAGAAGAAGAAAGUCCACCACCGGCAGAGCAGCUUCCCUCACUGCUCCGACCUGAUGCCCAGUGGCUCGGAGGAGAAGAUCCUGCGGGAUCUGAGUGAGGAGGACGAAGAGGAGGACGACGAGGAGGACGAGGAAGAGGAGGGAAGGUUUUAUUACAGCGAGGAGGACCACGGCGAGGAGUGUUCCUACACCGACCUGCUGGCCCAGGACGAUGGGGGCGGCGGCGGCGGCGGCGGCGGGGGCGGCGGUGGCGGCUACAGUUCGGUCCGCUACAGCGACUGCUGUGAACGCGUGGUGAUCAAUGUCUCGGGUCUGCGUUUCGAGACCCAGAUGAAAACCCUGGCCCAGUUUCCCGAGACUUUGCUGGGGGACCCUGAGAAGAGGACUCAGUAUUUCGACCCUCUGCGCAAUGAGUAUUUUUUCGACAGGAACAGGCCUAGCUUUGAUGCCAUCUUAUAUUAUUACCAGUCAGGGGGCCGCCUGAAGAGGCCAGUCAACGUCCCCUUUGAUAUCUUCACCGAGGAGGUGAAGUUCUACCAGUUGGGGGAGGAGGCCCUGCUCAAGUUUCGGGAGGACGAGGGCUUUGUGAGAGAGGAGGAGGACAGGGCCUUGCCAGAGAACGAAUUUAAGAAGCAGAUCUGGCUGCUCUUUGAGUACCCGGAGAGCUCCAGUCCAGCGCGGGGCAUAGCCAUCGUCUCCGUGCUGGUCAUCCUCAUCUCCAUCGUCAUCUUCUGCCUGGAAACCUUGCCGGAGUUUAGGGACGACAGGGAUCUCAUCAUGGCCCUGAGCACGGGCGGGCACGUCGGGUUGUUGAACGACACGUCGGUCCCCCACCCGGAGAGUUCAGGGCACACGAUCUUCAACGACCCCUUCUUCAUCGUGGAGACAGUGUGCAUCGUCUGGUUUUCCUUCGAGUUUGUGGUUCGCUGCUUUGCUUGUCCCAGCCAAGCCCUCUUCUUCAAAAACAUCAUGAACAUCAUUGACAUCGUCUCCAUUUUGCCUUACUUCAUCACGCUGGGCACGGAUCUGGCCCAGCAGCAGGGGGGUGGCAACGGGCAGCAGCAGCAGGCCAUGUCCUUUGCCAUCCUCAGGAUCAUCCGCCUGGUCCGAGUAUUCCGGAUCUUCAAGCUCUCCAGACACUCCAAAGGCCUGCAGAUCCUGGGCCACACGCUCCGAGCCAGCAUGCGCGAACUAGGCCUCCUGAUCUUCUUCCUCUUCAUCGGGGUCAUCCUCUUCUCCAGCGCUGUGUAUUUCGCGGAGGCAGAUGAGCCGACCACCCACUUCCAAAGCAUCCCCGAUGCAUUUUGGUGGGCCGUGGUGACCAUGACAACCGUGGGCUAUGGGGACAUGAAGCCCAUCACGGUGGGGGGCAAGAUCGUAGGGUCUCUGUGUGCCAUUGCAGGUGUCCUAACCAUCGCUCUGCCGGUGCCGGUGAUUGUGUCUAACUUUAACUAUUUCUACCACAGAGAGACGGAAAACGAGGAACAGACCCAGCUCACACAGAAUGCAGUCAGUUGCCCAUACCUCCCUUCUAAUUUGCUGAAGAAGUUUCGGAGCUCUACUUCUUCUUCCUUGGGGGACAAGUCAGAGUAUCUAGAGAUGGAAGAAGGAGUGAAGGAAUCUCUCUGUGCAAAGGAGAAGUGUCAGGGGAAGGGGGAUGACAGUGAGACAGAUAAAAACAACUGUUCUAAUGCGAAGGCUGUGGAGACCGACGUGUGAGUCUCGCUCUCCACCCGCCACUGCUCGCUCCCCCCAAUCCCAGCAUCUCCAAAUAUAUUUAUGCAUAGAGAGUGCAGUUAUGAAAAUGAUAUAUGCAAAUGAAUCCAAUGCAUACAGUAAUACACCAUUUAAUGGUUAUACAUGGCAUAAUUGUUACUAAACUUGUAUUACAUAUCAAAUAAAUGAUACAUCUUGGAGAAGAGGGAGGCUUAAGUAGGAGCAAAUCUAUCUUUAUAUUUUUAUUAGAAUGCAAGAAUUUUGCACAUUAACUGGAAGAGAUGUUAAAAGUAAAGACAGUUCCGUGGAGAGUGUGUGUGUGUGUGUGUGUGUGUGUGUGUGUGUGUGUGUACUGUGUGCGCGCAUAUGUGUGUAUGUACAAGUAAAUUGUCAACGUUGUUAGUAAUUGUGCAGUGAUGGGAAAAGUUGGCAUUUUGAAGUAUUUACUAUGUAAGAACUAAUGAAUUUGAGCAGUUGUUUAUCAGUGCUUUAAUAGCAUUUCAUGUCUUUGGAUUCCAUAGCUGUUGUUUUUUAAAAAUUGUAAGAAUUACUAUGUAGAAAAAAGAAAGUGAAUUAUUUAAUAGAGUAUAGGUCACAAUUUUAUCUUGGAUUUAAUUAAAGUUUAUUUUUAACUGGAAAUUAACUUUUAAAAAGGCUGCAGGGGCCUUUAGAAAUUGAUUAUAUUUUAUUAUUAAUUUUGGGAAGAUGUGACAUCAAAUGCCUAACAAUAAUGGAAGAAAUGAAAUCAGAGAAACUGCAACAAAUUUUGUUCACAGUUAACAGGACUGGAAUUUUCUUUACUUUUUUUUUUCCUUUGCACUACUUUAUAUGCUGGAGAUUGAGAGAGACUUCAUACUGUGAAUGUUUACAAAUGUAACAGUUCAAUGACAAUCAUUGGAAGAAUGAUUUCUUAGUCUUAUUUUAUUGUUCUCUUAUUUUCUUUGUGUGAGACAAACGGUCACACAGACAGCAGCAGCACAUGAUUCCCUUCUUUUUUUAAAUCUCAAUAAUUGAUCUGCAAAGGGACUAUGAAGUCAAAUUUAGCAACUGAAUCUUUUGAAAUUGGUCUGUUAACAAUGAUGCUUCUGAAACCAUACUAUUUUAUAUAUUCUUCUGCCUUUAAAGCCAGAAUAAUUUAACCAAAGUUAAUGCAUGCACUGAAAGAAUUCUUGAAGAAAUAAGAUGCCCAGCAGCUAUAGUGAUUAUGGCUUAAGAGCUUUGUAUUAAAUGUGCGACAUAAAUGCUAGAUUUACUAAGUUUAUUUAUUUGUGUAGCGACUUAAGGGACAGAAUGUGGGGAUUCACCUCAGAAUUCAGCAUUCUAUUUGCUCAAAUUGAUAUAACAGAACUGGUGUCAAAACAUUUGCUUUCCACAUCACCAUCAUUAUCGUUUUUAUGAAAGGAAUUUAUGACACUUAAUAACUGAAUUUAACUCACGACAAGGUGUUCUAGAAUGUGAGGUAACAGCUAGUGAUGUGACAACAUUGUUAAGUCAUCAAGAGAUGUAGCUUAGCAAACUCAGAAUGCAUAAGAGGCCUUAUUCUCCAAUAUUUUAACUUCUGUUCUUUAUAAAAUGGUUGUUCUGAGGUCUGGGGGAAAAAUGCUAUGGAAGUUAUCUCAGCACAUAAUAAGCUCUGACAACUGUGAACUUUAAAAAAAAAAAAAAAAAA